AUGACCAUUGAUGACGACGAAGUGAUAGACGAGAUGAGGAGUAGGACUCAAGCGAAAGGGGAGAAAAUAUCCUCCUACAUAACCAGUUUGCGACUUAUAAUGGGGCAUCUUAGGAAACCAUUGUCGUCCAGGGAACAGGUUAAAAUCGCUUAUAAGGGACUUACCCCCACUUAUCGGAAACAAGUUGAUUCAUCGGGGUUAGAAUCACUCUCGAAAUUAGAGAGAAAUUUGCGACAGUUCGAAAAGGUUCUAGAUCUCGACGACAGAUACGUCCCCCCUCCUCCUAAAGAGAAAAUGCGUUUUCCCGCCGCGGCUUAUAAGGGUACGAAGAAGGAUGAGAAAAAGCCAUCUUCCUCAAAAGAGACGAAGAAGAUAGCGGCUUUAGAAAACGAGUCAGCGACGGGUAGCGAGGUAGAGAAGGUGGUCGACAAGAAGAGUAAGGGGAAAAAGUCGAAGAAGACAAAGAAGACUGAUUCUGAGAAGGGAACUAUAGAGGUGAAUGCAAUUAAGCAAUCAAGUCCUCAGCCAUCCGCGACUCCGAUACGGGCUUCUAACCCUCCUCCUACUUUUGCGACAGUGGCCGCUGGGAAAGGCAAGCGUCAGUUUCCACCAAAACAAGGAGUUGGAAACACUGGACAUACAACACAAAUUGCGACGGGCGGGUCGAAGCCAUUUGUGGGGGCAUGUUUCACAUGUCAAAUGGUCGGACACAAAGUUUCGGAAUGCCCCAUGAGGACAUGCUUUGUUUGUCAACAGCGUGGUCAUUUCGCGGCACAGUGCCCAGCAGAGUCCAGGUUGAAUCCUGCCUUGUUUGUCGAUCACCAGGCGUGA